GGAGAGGAAAGGACUCGUCCAUAUUACAGCUGCUGUUUCAGCGGUUUUGGUGGUGAUGGACCCUCCCGGCGGGCGAGAUGAACGUCGGCGUCAGGCUGAACGUCUUCGACGGGAGGAGGCUUACUACCACUUCAUCGAUGAGCUGAGCGAGGAGGAGUAUCGCUUGAUGAGAGACAGUAACCUGCUGGGCACGCCAGGUGAAGUCACAGCUGAGGAACUGAGGCAGCGACUGGACGGAGCAAAGGAGCGAGUCUCCUCCCAGCCUCAAGCCGAAACACGUCCUCAGAACAGCGAGGCAGGAAACGAGGGCAGCAGCGGUGCCGUCGAGCCCGGGGCCGAGAGCACCAACGGAGACUCCUUGCUGGAGUGGCUGAACACGUUUCGGCGCACGGGCAACGCCACCCGCAGCGGCCAGAGCGGCAACCAGACGUGGCGGGCCGUCAGCCGCACGAACCCGAACAGCGGCGAGUUCCGCUUCAGCCUGGAGAUCAACAUCAACCACGAGCAGCCCGAGCCCGGCGAGCACAACGACGCCCCUGAACCCGCCGAAUCCCCCGUCCCCCAGAGGGCCUCCGUGUCUUUACGCGCUCCCCCUCGGCCUCCGCCGCCGUACCCCGCUUUGGGGAGAAGGGCGCAGGCACGGCGCACUCGUAGUAGCACUACCCCACCCAUAACUCCGCCCCUAAUCUCUCAUGCACCUUAUACGAGUCUAAGAAGGAACCUCGUUCUGCCUCAGCUGGCGCCCGUUUCUGUACAGAGCCCGUCCACUUCCCAAACGCAAGAGCAGUAUAGUGCCAGUGUCGUGGGCGAAGUACAAGCCUCGCCCACGUUGCUUAAUAAUACAGAAGCCACGGAUGCUGAUAAUGAAGGUCUGGACUCUACGGAUGCUGUGUCUCAAACCGGCCCGCAGGGGGCGGGAGCUAGCCGCGAGGCACGCGCCAGGACUCGUACGCGCGGCCGGGUGCGCCGGGCGGCUCCGUCCCGGUCUGCGUUACGCAGCCGCUCCCCUCUAGAUAGAAACUCUGCCCAAAGUGUUAGCCCCGCCCCGAGCAACCCUCCUCCCGCUGCCGAGCCCAGUGUGAACACAUCUGUCGCUAUGGAGACGAGUGAAGCGUCUGUGGAAACGGUCGCUCCUGCAGAAGCCGCUCCGGACGCCAGCGCGGAGGAGGGCGAGCCGCAGGGAUCGGGCGCAUCCGGAGGCGUACGCCGGCACCCGACCAUCAUGCUCGACCUGCAGGUGCGCCGCAUCCGACCCGGCGAGAACCGCGACAGGGACAGUAUCGCUAGCCGUACGCGAUCGCGCGCCCGCGCCGCCGAGAACACCGUGACCUUCGAGAGCGACAGCGGAGGUUUCCGGAGGACCAUUUCUCGUUCGGAGCGUGCUGGCAUCCGCACCUACGUGAGCACCAUUCGUAUUCCCCUGCGCCGCAUCUCCGAGACCGGUCUGAGCGAGCCGAGCUCCACGGCGCUUCGCUCCAUCCUGCGGCAGAUCAUGACCGGGUUCGGCGAGCUGAGCUCCCUGAUGGAGACCGAGGCCGACUCGGAGAGCGGCGCCGUCGCCGGACCGAACGUCGCCGUCGACCCCGGAACGAAUCGGGCGCAGGAGGGCGAGGGGACAGCCGCUACUACGGACUCACGACAAGACGGUGGACCCGUGGGCGAGGCGGGACAGGCGAGGGUGGCCGCCGGCGGACGAGACACCAACAAUUUAGUGGAGAACGGGACGCUGCCCAUCCUGCGGCUGGCGCACUUCUUCUUGCUCAACGACGAGGACGACGACGAGCACCCGCGCGGCCUCACCAAGGAGCAGAUCGACAAUCUGGCCACGCGCACCUACGGCCAGGCCAGCCUGGAGGGCGAGCAGGGCCGCGCCUGCAGCGUGUGCAUCAACGAGUACGCGCAGGGCAACAAGCUGCGCAGCCUGCCCUGCGCCCACGAGUUCCACAUCCACUGCAUCGACCGCUGGCUGUCGGAGAACAACACGUGCCCCAUCUGCAGGCAGCCCAUCCUCUCCAGCCACCAGGACUGAUUCCCCUCUGGUACCGCGCCUGUACAUAGCGCCCCGGUCGACGUGCCCGCUCAUCCAGAUCCGCUCUCUUCAGCUGUAGUUAGAACCGAAAGGAAAAAAAGAAAUACGAAUACAACAGAGAAUUAACAAAGCUUUAUUUUUUUAGACUUUUAUUUUCUGCUCCGCGUAGUCUCCUCUCCGUCACCCCGCCCUCGUUAACACACGUUAACUGUGAUGAAUCAGUGUUAGCAAAAGCUAAUCAGUCUCACUUUACGCCGCGUUUGAUUUCACAGAAGCGAUUUUAUAGGAUGAACUGUACGUGCGAGACUCUGUCCAUGUGUAAAUAUGAACGCUUGUGCUUCUGAGGUCCCGCGAUGAGACUCGGUGUAGAUGGUUAUUUAAACUUCCGUUGAAAAAAAAAAAUGUCUUUUAAAGUUCAUUUUAAAGCUCUUAUUGCAAAACAAAAAACUAAAUCUUCCAUUUUAAGCUCCUAUUGGCUGAUAAUGAUCAUGGAGAUCUGCUCCAUAUCCAAUUUGUAUUUUUAAACUUUCUUUGUUUGUUUUAUUGAAGAGCCACUAAACACUACAUAGAGGAUACGUACCAGGGUCACGACAAGACAUUUUUAUUUACUUUUGUAUGUACCCUUAAUGAAAUUAACCAUCAUAUUACAGUAAUAUGCAGCAAAAGUGACAGUCAGUGUGAAAUUCAUGCCGUUAUUAGGCAGUCCUGUCAGAGUUAUCUCACAGUCGCCAAAUCACAGUUAUAUAUAUAUAAAAAGAUUUGGGGUGGCACGGUGGCUUGGUGGGCGGCACUGUUGCCUCACAGCAAGAAGGUCCUGGGUCCUUUCUGUGUGGAGUUUGCAUGUUCUCCCCGUGUCUGCAUGGGUUUCCUCCCACAGUCCAAAGACGUCCAAGUGAGGUGAAGUGGAGAGACAAAAUUGUCCAUCACUGUGAAGAUUAGAGCUGAUGAAUAAUAAUAAUAUAAAAAGAUUUGAAUUAUUUAAGGUGACUGUAGUUCAUAUAAAUCAUAUUUACAUCACUUCUAUGUCAAAGGAUUUCUCUUCGAUCUGUUUGUAGCUCGGGUCAACCCUUCAAAAUAUCAGUUUUAUCUCUUUGCGGUUUGUGUUACUGCACUAAGCCCCUGUGAGCAAGGCCCUAAACAGUGGAUAGCGCUGUCGCCUCACAGCAAGAAGGUCCUGGGUUCGUUUCCCAGCUGAAGCGGUCCGUGUCCUUUCUGUGUGGAGUUUGCAUGUUCUCCCAGUGUCUGUGUGGGUUUCCUCCAGAAGCCCAAAGACGUGCAAGUGAGGUGAAUUGGAGAUACAGAAUUGUCCAUGACCCAAGAUCUCAGCACUAGAUAGUUGCGUGUUGGUGUGGGAGCUACAGAUGUACAAUUUAUGAAUGAAAUAUAUAUUCUGGGGUAGAUUUUUGAAAUCAUAAAGCAAAAAGCUGUAUAAAAACUCAACACUGAGAUAGUCAACUGUUUCAAAGCGGUACACGUUUUGACCUAAAUCCAAGUCAUUGGUGAACCACUUCCUCCCCCCAGUAAAGCUUAGAUGUCUGUAGAAUUACCCAUGUAGAUUUUGCACUUUUGCUCGAAUGCUGUAAUAUGAUAAUCAGUUUUAUGGAGGGUGUAAAUCAAAGUAAAUGAAGCCAUGACAGAAUGAAGAAUGACAAUGAAGCCAUUUCUUCCUGCACUAGUUAUACAUGAACCUAUUUGCUUAUAAAACCCCUUAACUGUCUGAUCCAUCGAGUGCAUGUGUUAUUUCUUUUGGUUUGUAGACAGAUGAUAACAUGAUGGAGCUUUGUUAGAACCGAAAUGCAGGUCACAAUAUUUAAAUUGAGGGAUAAUUAAUUAUUUUUUAUAGUUUUUUGUGGGUUGUGCAAUGAUAUGAUGAGUGGAAGGAAAUAAAUGAGAUGAUCGUGAUGAUUAGUUUUAGGUCCUUUUUGUUUUUAUCAUCGCUGAUUUCCUGCAAUUGUUUUCAUUUCAGCUUAAAUCUUUAUCCACAUCAUCUGCUGUGAACGAGUUAUUACCACAAACAUGAGUUUUGUCCAACUACCCACGUGUACACCUGCUCUUUCAUGUUAAUACUCUAUCAGCCAGUCGUGUGGCUUUAGUGCAGUAUGUACAGUUAUACAGACGGGUCAGGCGCUUCAGUUAACGUUUCCAUCAACUGCCGCUCACUAGAUGUUUUUGUGUGGCAGACUGUGACCAUCCAAGUCCCUCAGAUCACAUGUGUUCUGGUCUGAUGUUUGAUGUUUGAGGUGAAGUUCUUGUGCUUGCUUGUAUGAUUUUAUACUUUGUGCUUCUGGUUCAUGACAGGACAGUUACAUGAACAUGCAGGGGUUCCUAAUAAAAUGGCCAGUGGUAAGAUUUCUCUGUACUGAAGGGAAUCAGGCGAUGUUUUUCGGUCAUGGUGACCGUUUUCUUCCCCUGUGAUGCAAGGUGUAUGCAACCAUUGAAUCAAUAAUUGAAACUGCUGCCAGAUUUUUCUGAAAAACCCACAGAACACUCCGGAAGGACGUCAGAUUGAAAGGGAAAGUUUUUGGGUGACGAAUUGUUUACCAAUCGUUCAGUCCCAAAACAAAAAAGAGCAGUUCUGAAAAUCAGUGACGUCCAAAGACUUUCAAGAGACACACGCCCCUUAUAGGUGUAUCUAAACUUUUAAUUUCAUUAAUAAUUAAGCUCUUUAAGUGCUCUUUUCUUUCAAAAUGAUUGUUUGUGGUAAUAACACACACACUUCAGAUUUAUUUCAAGGCUCAGUUAGAUUUCUUCAAUAUUGUCCUGUCAGGUUCUUCAGCUCUUUGCCAAACCUCAUUACUAAGUUGUUGGAAUGUUUUAGUUCCACUGGUUUUUCAUCCAGACUCCUUUCUUUUAAUAAUAGACCCCACAAAGUUUUACACGUUUACUGAUAUGUAAUGACACGAUUGUGCAAUGCGGACAUCAUUGUGACGGUGUAUGUUAACAAACGAGAGCAAUCACAGAGACCUGUAGUGAUGGAGAAGCACUUAAAGGGCAUUUUAAGCACCAUUAUAGAGUCUGUAUUGCUAUCCUGCAUGAUCGGGGUCGUACUGAACACACACAGCUGACUGGACUCAACUUCAACCUUAAAGUGGCUCGUUUUGUUUAUUUCCAAGAAGAUGAGAUGGUACAUUGUUUUAUUCCCCCUUAUUAUUUUUUGUUGUUUUAAACAAGCCUCUUAAGUUUUAGUUUCAUUUAAUUGAAGCACUAGGAAAGAUGACAUUUCUGUAUUAUUCUGUUUAUUUUGUUUUUUGGCAGAAAAUUCUUAUUUUGUGUAUGUAUGUAUGUGUGUGUGCGCGCGCGUGCGUGUGUAUGAAUGUCAGACAGAAAGUAUGAUGAGGCCUUUGGCCACUAAAUGCAGAAUGAUUUAUUUCGUUCUUAUUUAAAGGGGCAAGAAAUGACCUUGUAAUAUGACUAUGUAUUAUGUUCUAAUGUGAUGCUAAAACAGUUACGAAUAUGUUAUUAUGUUACGAUGUAAUUAAAUGAGCAAAUCACUUUUCUGCUCCUAAAAUUAAA